AUGGCCGAUAAAACUGAUACCAGGUUGGCAGGCCUGACGGAGGAUGAUGUUGACCUGCAUCCGUCCAAGCUGUGCAAGCCGUGGUGCGAUAGCAUGUGCAUUCCCCCCCUUUCGAUCGUUUCUUUUCGUAAGACGUGCGCGGCUGCUUGCCACCGGUACAUCCGGACCUCGGCGGUAAUGCCUUACGGCAACUAG